AUGCGCGAGACAGAGAAGAACAUGUCUGGGUGGAGGAAGAUAUGCAUUGCUUUAGUUAUCAAAGUGGACGGCGUGCUUAUUGGUCACAAACAAGAACCACAUCCCACUCCUCGAUAUGUUAAGAUGGUUGAAGAUCUCAGGCUCAAGCAGCACACUUUCAGGCUGCAAGGAUUCCCUUUGUCUCUUCAAUUGGUGGCAUUUCAUGCCAUCCCGCAGAUUCUAUCUUACAUCCCUGCUCCAAUUGACCAGAAGACAAUCAUGGACCUAGAAGAUGAUUAUCUACCACAACACCCCUCCAUCAGUUCCAGAGACAUACGCCGUGUGGAAUUCGACCCUGAUCAUGUUGUUACACCGAUUAUACCCAUUGAAAGUCAAACACAGCUAGGUUGGGGAGUGUGGCCUAAUGAUCCCAAGGUAGACAGCGUCAUUUACAUGGAACAAUUGAUAGCUGAUCAUCACAGUUUCAACAAAGAAGUCUGGCCAGGUGGAGUUACUUCUGAGCCUCUCAUUGUCAAGCCUAAACAGAGGGUCAAGAAAAAGGUGUCUGCUAGUAUUAAGCAAUCUCUCAAACCCAGACAGGUCAAGAAGAAACAUCCCUCUAUAAGGAAACAAAGGCGUAUAAGUUCAUACUUUACACAUGCUACUAAAACCACCUUCACAAAUGAACAGCUUACCGAGAUUGUUAUCAAACUGCAAUCCAAUAUGAAGAACCUGAAACAACUCAUCAAACGAAUCAAGAAAAAAUCGCAUGGUAGACAAACACCUUUUCACGAAAGGCUUUCCCGUCGCAAGAAGACCGCCACACCUCAGCAAACUGACCAGCCUGGACCAGAACUCCACGAUGCUCCAAUUGAUCAGGAUGACCACACAAUGGAGACAGAUGAUUUACCAGAAUCCACAGUCAAUGCUCUCACAGCUACCGCUUCGCCCAACUCCCCACAUGGCCGACCAAGUCCUAUUGUUGCUGACAAGGAACAACAAGCUGAUGAUGGAGUUGUCGACCUAACCAAGAUAAAUGACCUACAAAAGCACGUUCCAUUGAUGGAAGAGAACCAUCUUUCUGAGGAAUUGUUAAGAUGUUCUACAAUCCCUGCAACAGCUCAUCGUCUCGCCACUCCCACAGAUGCAAUGGGGCCUUUUUAA